GCUCAGUCCGGCUCUGAAGCCGGAAGUCCGAGCGGGCUUCUCCUGGCAUCCAGGACGCAUGCGCGACGGCACCGGCGCCUCCUCGCGGCUCUGCGGCGGGAGCGAGGCGGUGGGCGCCUGGGUCGCGCGCACUUCCGGGAUGCGGCGCGCCGGUCUGUGGCAUCUCUUCGCCCUGUGGACUGCGGGGAUUCAGGGCAAGAGAUUCCGCUGGGUGUGAGGGGUAGCCCGGAGAGGCGCUGAAAGAGGAGGUGGUAGAUCUAGGGACUCCCGAGCCGCCCUAGAAAUGAUUCACGAACUGCUCUUGGCCCUGAGUGGGUACCCAGGGUCCAUUUUCACCUGGAACAAGCGGAGUGGCCUGCAGGUUUCCCAGGAUUUUCCAUUUCUUCACCCCAGUGAGACUAGUGUCCUGAAUCGACUCUGCCGGCUUGGCACAGACUACAUUCGAUUCACUGAGUUCAUUGAACAGUAUACAGGCCAUGUGCAGCAACAAGAUCACCAUCCUUCCCAGCAGGGCCAAGGUGGACUGCAUGGGAUCUACCUGAGAGCCUUCUGCACAGGGCUGGAUUCAGUUUUGCAGCCGUAUCGCCAAGCACUGCUUGAUUUGGAACAAGAGUUCCUGGCCGACCCGCAUCUCUCCAUAUCACAUGUCAAUUACUCUUUAGAUCAGUUCCAGCUCCUUUUCCCCUCUGUGAUGGUUGUAGUGGAACAAAUUAAAAGCCAAAAGAUUCAUGGCUGUCAAAUCCUGGAAACAGUUUACAAACAUAGCUGUGGGGGCUUGCCUCCGGUCCGAAGUGCAUUAGAAAAAAUCCUGGCUGUGUGCCAUGGAGUCAUGUAUAAACAGCUCUCAGCCUGGAUGCUGCAUGGUCUCCUUUUGGACCAGCAUGAAGAGUUCUUCAUCAAACAGGGCCCAUCUUCUGGUACUCUGAGUGCACAGCUGGAAGAGGAUGAGGAGGACCUGGGCAUUGGAGGCCUGACAGGAAAACAGCUGAGAGAACUGCAGGACCUGCGCCUAAUUGAGGAAGAGAAUAUGCUGGCCCCAUCACUGAAGCAGUUUUCCCUGAGGGUAGAGAUUUUACCAUCAUACAUUCCAGUGAGAGUUGCUGAAAAAAUCCUCUUUGUUGGAGAAUCUGUCCAAAUGUUUGAGAAUCAAAAUGUGAACCUGACAAGGAAAGGGUCCAUUUUGAAAAACCAGGAGGACACGUUCGCUGCCGAGCUGCACCGGCUCAAGCAGCAGCCACUCUUCAGCCUGGUGGAUUUUGAGCAGGUGGUAGAUCGGAUCCGUAGCACUGUGGCUGAGCACCUCUGGAAGCUAAUGGUGGAAGAGUCAGAUUUACUGGGUCAGCUGAAGAUCAUUAAAGACUUUUACCUGCUGGGACGAGGAGAACUGUUCCAGGCCUUCAUUGACACAGCUCAGCACAUGUUGAAAACACCACCCACUGCAGUAACAGAACACGACGUGAAUGUGGCCUUUCAACAGUCAGCACACAAGGUGUUGCUAGAUGACGACAACCUUCUCCCUCUGUUGCACCUGACGAUUGAGUAUCAUGGAAAGGACCACAAAGAUGCCACCCAGCCAAGAGAAGUGCCUUCUCGGGAGACAUCCCCCCGGGAAGCUCCUUCUUCCGGCUGGGCUGCUCUCGGGCUUUCCUACAAAGUACAAUGGCCACUGCACAUUCUCUUCACCCCAGCUGUCUUGGAAAAGUACAACGUUGUUUUUAAGUACUUACUGAGUGUGCGCCGUGUCCAAGCUGAACUGCAGCACUGCUGGGCACUCCAGAUGCAGCGCAAGCACCUCAAAUCUAACCAGACGGACGCAGUCAAGUGGCGCCUAAGAAACCACAUGGCCUUCUUGGUAGAUAAUCUUCAGUACUAUCUCCAGGUAGAUGUGCUGGAGUCUCAGUUCUCACAGCUGCUUCAUCAGAUCAAUUCUACGAGGGACUUUGAAAGCAUCCGAUUGGCACACGACCACUUCCUAAGCAAUCUGCUGGCCCAAUCCUUUAUUUUGCUGAAGCCUGUGUUUCACUGCCUGAAUGAAAUCCUAGAUCUCUGUCACAGUUUUUGUUCACUGGUCAGUCAGAACCUAGGUCCACUGGAUGAGCGUGGAGCGGCCCAGCUGAGCAUUCUCGUGAAGGGCUUUAGUCGCCAGUCUUCACUCCUGUUCAAGAUUCUUUCCAGUGUUCGGAACCACCAGAUCAACUCAGAUUUGGCUCAGUUACUGCUCCGGCUAGACUAUAAUAAAUACUAUACCCAGGCUGGUGGGACUCUGGGCAGUUUUGGGAUGUAAAAGAAAACUCUGGUUCAAAAAAUGAAACAGCCCUACCACGUUCUGAUGUCUGUAACAAAUCUCUCAAAUCAUUCAUCAAAUGCCUGCAGACUGCUGAAAGGGUCUUCUAGAAGAAAUGCAGAGGUAUAAAAAUCCUUCCUACCAUUCCUGUAGGGGAACUGGGGUCUGAUAUCCCUCUGCUGACCACACGAAGGCUUUUGAAGACAUCUGUUGGGUGGGUUCAUUGUGUAACCGGGGUUUAUUGAACACUUACUAUAUUCCUAUGGAAGACAAGCACAGUAAGCAGUGGCUUGGCUCAUGUAAGAAGGAAUCGCGCUCCUGAACAGGUCAGCUUCCGUGUCACCACCAAAUGAGAAAACCCUUCAGACAGCCUCUUUCUGCACCUUGUAACUACACAGACUAUCUUUAUCCUUCCCCAAAAUUUAAGAUUUGAGUAUCCUUUAUCUGAAGAAUUGAGCCAGUGGGUUCUAAUUCUUUCGGACUAGUAAAAGGACAAUUCUGGCUAAAGAUGAUAGAGGUCAAAUUGUUUAGAUUUAGAAACAAUUUAGUUUUCACUGCAACCCAGUUUUCCCUCCUUAGACCUGCCACAUGGGUUAAGGUUUUAUGGUCAGGUAACCUAGCCACCACGGGCUGAGAACAUACUAAUGUUCUCAUCAACAUAAACAAAGAACACUUCAUUGACAUCCUUCCCUCCAAGCUGGACAAGAAUGGAACAUCCGGGCCUCAGCUUGUAGUCAGAGUCCUCUCUUCAUCUACAUUGUCUACCACCCACUAUGAAAGCCUGAGCCCGUACUUGUCAACUAUCCAGGAGGAUCACCCCGACCUUGUUACCUCACCUCUAAAAGCCUGCUGCUUGUUUUUGUAAAUAAAGUACUAUUCAAACAGCCACACAUACUCAAUUUAGCUAUUGUCUGUGAUUGCUCACAGACAAGACAAGUUGUUGAGACAGACAAGUGUGGUCACAAAGCCUAAAAGUAUUUACUAUUUGGCACUAUAGAAAAAAUUAGACAAAUGGCUUUAUUUAGAGAAUGAGAAGCCGUUCGUUAACAGGGAUUAUGAUGAUGAGUGUGAGGAAGGAAUAACUUCCAACAGUUGUAACAACUGGUCACGUUCCCAGUAGCAGGUCAUCUGUCAAUAAACUCCUGAUACCCAGAGCUCUCCCCAGUCCCACUCAACGUUAGCACUACUUACUGUUUACCUAGGCCCUCGCCUACUUUAAACUGUUUUUGGAAGUGUAACAUUUUAGGUAGCCUGAGAUAACCUUGACAUUGACAGUGAUGCCACAAAAUAAAGCUCACUCGUCUAUUUUUAUCUCCCUUUGUUUGCUGUACUGCUAA